AUGGAGGAUUGUUUGGGCAGCGACGAUGAGUACUACUACUCCGAUCAGGACUCUCUUGAUGGCAUCGAGAACGAAGACUCUGAUCCUCAGUGGAUUCCGCCGAAGGGCACCACAACUAAGGUAAUUACCAAAGAAUCUCUGUUGUCGGCACAGAAGGAGGAUUUGCGUAGGGUGAUGGACUUACUUUUCCUGAGGGAGCACCAUGCCAGGACUUUGCUUAUUCAUUACCGCUGGGAUGUUGAGAAGCUUUUUGCAGUCCUUGUAGAGAAAGGAAAACCUUGCUUGUUUUCUGAAGCAGGUGUAACUCUUGUUGAGCAUGAAGAUCUUGACCCACCACUGCCUAAUUCUCCAGUAAUGUGUGCUAUUUGUAUAGAAGAUGUACCCAGUGUUGACACAACAAAAAUGGACUGUGGACAUUGCUUUUGCAACAGUUGUUGGACAGAACAUUUUGUUGUAAAGAUAAAUGAGGGUCAAAGUAAGCGCAUUAGGUGCAUGGCUCACAAAUGCAAUGCUAUUUGUGACGAAUCUGUGGUCAGAAAUCUAGUCAGUAAGAGGCAUCCUCAUCUUGCUGAGAAAUUUGAUCGUUUUCUUCUUGAGUCAUACAUUGAGGACAAUAAAAGGGUCAAGUGGUGCCCAAGUACUCCUCAUUGCGGGAAUGCAAUACGCGUGGAGGAUGAUGAGUUUUGCGAGAUAGAAUGUACUUGUGGUCUGCAGUUUUGUUUCAGUUGUUUAUCACAAGCUCAUUCACCUUGUUCAUGUUUGAUGUGGGAGCUUUGGGCCAAGAAGUGCCGAGAUGAAUCGGAGACAGUUAAUUGGAUCACUGUCCAUACAAAACCUUGUCCCAAGUGUCACAAACCUGUGGAGAAGAAUGGUGGCUGCAACCUUGUAAGCUGUAUCUGUGGACAAGCAUUUUGUUGGCUGUGUGGUGGAGCCACUGGUCGAGACCAUACAUGGUCAAGUAUUGCAGGUCAUAGUUGUGGUCGGUACAAAGAAGAUAAAGAGCAAAACGCUGAGCGUGCGAAGCGGGAUCUUUACCGAUAUAUGCACUAUCAUAACCGUUACAAAGCUCAUACUGAUUCCUUUAAGCUUGAAAGUAACUUAAAGGAGAGUAUACAAAAGAAGGUGGCAGUUUCAGAGGAGAAGGACUCGAGGCUCAGAGAUUUCAGCUGGGUAAAUAAUGGACUCUCCAGACUUUUCAGGUCAAGGAGAGUUCUUUCAUAUUCAUACCCAUUUGCUUUUUACAUGUUUGGAGAAGAGCUGUUUAAGGAUGAGAUGACAAAGGAGGAAAGGGAAAUAAAACAGCAUUUGUUUGAGGACCAGCAGCAGCAACUUGAGGAAAAUGUUGAGAAAUUAUCCAAGUUCUUGGAGGCACCUUUUGAUGAUUAUAAGGAGAAUGAAGUUAUGGACAUAAGGAUGCAAGUGAUCAAUCUGUCAGCAAUCACUGAUACCCUCUGUCAGAAAAUGUAUGACUGCAUUGAGAGUGAUCUAUUGGGUUCUCUACAACUUGGUAUCCACAAUAUAGCUCCUUACAAGUCAAAGGGCAUUGAGAAGGCAUCAGAACUUACUGUUUGUUGGGUCAAUAAAGCUAAUAAUGCUGAUAAAGAUCCACGAUUGCAUUGUGGCACAAGUGGAGGAUCAACAGAACCAGAACAACCUUCAGGUUCUGGAAGUUCAGAUGAGAGCGGAUGCUCUUCUCGAAAGCGUGCUAGGAAGGGGGCUCUUGGAGGUGGUUUUUUUGAUCUGAACUUGCCAGCAGAGGUUAUUGACAAAUCUGAUUCAUGA